UCUGCCGCCGGGUGGGAGCCCGCGGCCGUCCCUCGUGUGCGAGAGAAGGGCAGAAAUCUGCAGGUGUUUUCCAGGUGCUCCUGAACCUCCCUGCUUUGGUUUGUCCACCUGGGAAUGAGCUUCCAAAAAAACCAUGUGAGGGACGUUGCCGGGGCUCAGGACACGCGCGGGGGACGCGGAGCUCGCCUUUCCCAGGAUGGAUCAGAGGAGGAACUGGCCUCGGGCACCGGACUCUGACGGUUGGUCAGUGGCUCUGCUCUGCCUCUUCCUGGCAUCGCUGUCCCGGAACGUGUCCAGCAAUGCCUUGUUCAACACUUUCCACUCGGAGAACCGGGACUGGACGUUCAACCACCUGACGGUGCACCGGGGCACCGGGGCCGUCUACGUGGGGGCCAUCAACAGGGUCUACAAGCUUUCGGGGAACCUGACCAUCCUGGUGGCUCACAAGACCGGUCCCGAGGAGGACAACAAAUCCUGCUACCCGCCCCUCAUCGUGCAGCCGUGCAGCGAGGUCCUCACGCUCACCAACAACGUCAACAAGCUGCUCAUCAUCGACUACUCCGAGAACCGGCUGCUGGCGUGCGGCAGCCUCUACCAGGGGGUCUGCAAGCUGCUGCGCCUCGACGACCUCUUCAUCCUGGUGGAGCCCUCGCACAAGAAGGAGCAUUACCUGUCCAGCGUCAACAAGACGGGCACCAUGUACGGGGUGAUCGUGCGCUCCGAGGGCGAGGACGGGAAGCUCUUCAUCGGCACGGCGGUGGACGGCAAGCAGGAUUAUUUCCCCACCCUGUCCAGCCGCAAGCUGCCCCGCGACCCGGAGUCGUCGGCGAUGUUGGAUUACGAGCUCCACAGUGACUUUGUUUCGUCCCUCAUCAAAAUCCCCUCGGACACGCUGGCCCUGGUUUCACACUUUGAUAUCUUCUACAUCUACGGCUUCGCCAGCGGUAACUUUGUCUAUUUCCUGACCGUGCAGCCCGAGACCCCCGAGGGCGUCUCCAUCAACUCGGCCAGCGACCUGUUCUACACCUCGCGCAUCGUGCGCCUGUGCAAGGACGACCCCAAGUUCCACUCGUACGUGUCGCUGCCCUUCGGCUGCGUCAAGGGGGACACCGAGUACCGGCUGCUGCAGGCUGCCUACCUGUCCAAGCCGGGGGAGGUGCUGGCCAGGGCCCUCAACAUCACGGCGCAGGAGGACGUGCUCUUUGCCAUCUUCUCCAAGGGGCAGAAGCAGUACCACCACCCGCCCGACGACUCCGCGCUCUGCGCCUUCCCCAUCCGCACCGUCAACGCCCACAUCAAGGAGCGCCUGCAGUCCUGCUACCAGGGCGAGGGCAACCUGGAGCUCAACUGGCUGCUGGGGAAGGAUGUCCAGUGCACCAAAGCGCCAGUCCCCAUCGAUGACAACUUCUGUGGGCUCGACAUCAACCAGCCCCUGGGGGGCUCGGUGCCCGUGGACGGGGUGACGCUCUUCACCUCCAGCCGCGACCGCAUGACCUCCGUGGCUUCCUACGUCUACAACGGCUACAGCGUGGUCUUCGUGGGCACCAAGACGGGCAGGCUGAAGAAGAUCCGGGCCGAUGGCCCCCCCCAGGGCGGGAUCCAGUACGAGGUGGUGUCGGUGUUCAAGGACGGGAGCCCGGUGCUGCGGGACAUGGCCUUCUCCAUCGACCACAAGUACCUGUACGUCAUGUCCGAGCGCCAGGUGUCCCGGGUGCCUGUGGAGUCCUGUGAGCAGUACACGACCUGCCAGGAGUGCCUGAGCUCGGGGGACCCCCACUGCGGCUGGUGCUCCCUCCACCACAUGUGCUCCCCGAGGGACCGGUGUGAGCGGGCAGAGGAGCCGUUCCGCUUCGCGGGGAGCAUCCGGCAGUGCCUGAGCGUGGCCGUGCAGCCCAGCAGCAUCUCCGUGUCCGAGCACAGCCUCCCGCUCAGCCUGCGGGUGAGUGAUGCUCCAGACCUGAGUGCUGGUGUCAGCUGCCUCUUCGGGAACCUGAGCGAGGUGGAGGGGCAGGUGUCGGGCAGCCAGGUGGUCUGUGUGUCCCCAGCAGCCAAGGACGUCCCUGCCAUCCCCGUGGAUCAGGACUGGUUCGGAGUCGUGCUGCAGCUGAAGUCCCGGGAGACCGGCAGGACCUUCGUCAGCACCGAGUUCAAGUUCUACAACUGCAGCGCCCACCAGCUGUGCCUGUCCUGUGUGAACAGCGCCUUCCGCUGCCACUGGUGCAAGUACCGGAACCUGUGCACCCACGACCCCACCACCUGCUCCUUCCAGGAGGGGAGGAUCAACGUCUCCGAGGACUGCCCCCAGCUGCUCCCCACGGAGGAGAUCCUGAUCCCGGUGGGAGAGGUGAAGCCCAUCACGCUGAAGGCCAGGAACCUGCCCCAGCCCCAGUCGGGCCAGAGGGGCUACGAGUGCGUGCUCAGCAUCCAGGGCAUCAUCCACAGGGUGCCCGCCCUGCGCUUCAACAGCUCCAGCGUGCAGUGCCAGAACAGCUCGUACCUCUAUGAUGGGAUGGACAUCAGCAACCUGGCAGUGGACUUCGCUGUGGUUUGGAAUGGGAACUUUGUCAUUGACAACCCGGAGAAUCUGAAAGUGCACCUGUACAAGUGCGCGGCGCAGCGCGAGAGCUGCGGGCUGUGCCUCAAGGCCGAGCCCAAGUUCGAGUGCGGCUGGUGCAGCGGCGAGGCCAAGUGCACCCUGCGGCCCCACUGCGGCUCCCCCUGGCUCCACUGGUCCAGCCACAACGUCAAGUGCUCCAACCCGCGCAUCACCGAGAUCCUGACGGUGUCGGGGCCCCCGGAAGGAGGGACCAGGGUGACCAUCCGAGGUGUGAACCUGGGCCUGGACUUCUCGGAGAUCGCGCAGGGCGUGCAGGUGGCCGGGGUGCAGUGCACGCCCCUGCCCGAGCACUACGUCGUGGCCGAGCAGAUCGUCUGUGAAAUGGGGCAGGCGCUUCCAGGGAUCAGCUCCGGCCCAGUGCUCCUGUGCAUCGGAGAGUGCAAGCCCGAGUUCACAGCCAAGUCAGCACAGCAGUACAUGUUCGUGACUCCAGCUGUGAGUUUCCUGAGCCCCAGCCGUGGCCCCGAGUCGGGAGGGACCAUGGUGACCAUCUCUGGCCACUACCUCGGGGCUGGCAGCCACGUGUCCGUGCUCCUGGGCAACCAGACCUGCGAGUUCCACGAGCGAUCCAUGAACGAGAUUGUUUGUGUGUCAGCACCCUCAGCCCACGGCCUGGGGGCUGUUCAGGUCUCUGUCAGCGUGGACAGGGCUCAGCUGGAGAGGACUUUGCUGUUUGAGUACAUCGAUGACCCCAAGGUGCAGCACAUCGAGCCCGAGUGGAGCAUCACCAGCGGCCACACGCCCCUGACCAUCACUGGCACCAACCUGGACGUGAUCCAGGAGCCCCGGAUCCGCGUCAAGUACAACGGGAAGGAGUUUGUCAACGUGUGCCGGGCGCUGAACGCCACGGCGCUGUCCUGCCUGGCGCCGCCGCUCAGCGCCGAGUACCGCCCGGGGCUGGACGCCGUGGAGCGCCCCGACGAGCUCGGCUUCAUCUUCAACAACGUCCAGGCCCUGCUGGUCUACAACGACACCAAGUUCGUCUACUACCCCAACCCCACCUUUGAGAUGCUGAGCUCCAGCGGCGUGCUGGAGCAGAAGCCGGGCUCUCCCAUCAUCCUGAAGGGCAGGAACCUGUGCCCACCCGCCCCCGGAGGAGCCAAGCUCAACUACACGGUGCUGAUCGGGGAGACGCCCUGCGCUGUCACCGUGUCCGAGACGCAGCUGCUGUGCGAGCCCCCCGCGCUCACCGGGCAGCACAAAGUGAUGGUGCGAGUGGGGGGCGUCAGCUUCUCGCCCGGCUCGGUGAGCAUCGUGCCCGACAGCCUGCUGACCCUGCCCGCCACCGUCAGCAUCGCGGCCGGCGGCUCGCUGCUGCUCGUCAUCGUCGUCAUCGUCCUCAUCGCCUACAAGCGCAAGUCCCGGGAGAACGACCUCACCCUCAAGAGGCUGCAGAUGCAGAUGGACAACCUGGAGUCCCGCGUGGCCCUGGAGUGCAAGGAGGCUUUUGCCGAGCUGCAGACGGACAUCAACGAGCUGACCAGCGACCUGGACCGCUCGGGGAUCCCCUACCUGGAUUACCGCACCUACGCCAUGCGGGUGCUGUUCCCCGGCAUCGAGGACCACCCCGUGCUGCGGGAGCUGGAGGUCCAGGGGAACGGGCAGCAGAGCGUGGAGAAGGCCCUGAAGCUCUUUGCCCAGCUGAUCAACAACAAGGUGUUCCUGCUGACCUUCAUCCGCACGCUGGAGCUGCAGCGCAGCUUCUCCAUGCGCGACCGCGGCAACGUGGCCUCGCUCAUCAUGACGGGGCUGCAGGGCAAGCUCGAGUACGCCACCGACGUCCUCAAGCAGCUGCUCUCCGACCUCAUCGACAAGAACCUGGAGAACAAGAACCACCCCAAGCUGCUGCUGCGCAGGACCGAGUCGGUGGCCGAGAAGAUGCUGACCAACUGGUUUGCCUUCCUGCUGCACAGAUUCCUCAAGGAGUGUGCUGGGGAGCCGCUGUUCAUGCUCUACUGUGCCAUCAAGCAGCAGAUGGAGAAGGGCCCCAUCGAUGCCAUCACGGGCGAGGCGCGGUACUCGCUGAGCGAGGACAAGCUCAUCCGGCAGCAGAUCGAGUACAAAACCCUGAUCCUAAACUGUGUGAACCCAGACAACGAGAACAGCCCAGAGAUCCCCGUGAAGGUGCUGAACUGCGACACCAUCACCCAAGUCAAGGAGAAGAUCCUGGACGCCGUGUACAAAAACGUCCCCUAUUCCCAAAGACCGAGAGCUGUGGACAUGGAUUUGGAGUGGCGGCAGGGCCGCAUCGCCCGCGUGGUGCUGCAGGAUGAAGACAUCACCACCAAGAUCGAGGGCGACUGGAAGCGCCUGAACACCCUGGUGCACUAUCAGGUGUCAGACCGCUCCGUGGUGGCUCUGGUUCCCAAGCAAACCUCCUCCUACAACAUCCCUGCCUCUGCCAGCAUCUCCAGGACAUCCAUCAGCAGAUAUGACUCCACGUUCCGCUACACCGGGAGCCCCGACAGCCUGCGGUCGCGCGCGCCCAUGAUCACCCCCGACCUGGAGAGCGGCGUCAAGGUCUGGCACCUGGUCAAGAACCACGACCACGGCGACCAGAAGGAGGGAGACCGGGGCAGCAAGAUGGUGUCUGAGAUCUACCUGACCAGGCUGCUGGCUACAAAGGGCACGCUGCAGAAGUUCGUGGACGACCUGUUUGAGACGCUGUUCAGCACGGUGCACCGCGGCAGCGCCCUGCCCCUCGCCAUCAAGUACAUGUUCGACUUCCUGGACGAGCAGGCGGACAAGCACGGCAUCCACGACACCGACGUGCGGCACACCUGGAAGAGCAACUGCCUCCCGCUCCGCUUCUGGGUGAACGUGAUCAAAAACCCCCAGUUUGUGUUCGACAUCCACAAGGGCAGCAUCACGGACGCCUGCCUCUCCGUGGUGGCUCAGACCUUCAUGGAUUCCUGCUCCACCUCGGAGCACCGCCUGGGCAAGGACUCGCCCUCCAACAAGCUGCUGUACGCCAAGGACAUCCCCAGCUACAAGAGCUGGGUGGAGAGGUAUUACGCCGACAUCGCCAAGCUCCCGGCCAUCAGCGACCAGGACAUGAACGCCUACCUCGCCGAGCAGUCGCGCCUGCACGCCGUGGAGUUCAACAUGCUGAGCGCCCUCAACGAGAUCUACUCCUACGUCAGCAAGUACAGCGAGGAGCUCAUCGGGGCUCUGGAGCAGGAUGAGCAGGCUCGGAGGCAGCGCUUGGCGUACAAAGUAGAGCAGCUCAUUGGGGCCAUGUCCUUCGAGAGCUGAAGAAAGGUCACGGACAGCAAAGGGCAGAGCAUCGCACGGACUCUCGGGAAUCUGGAGGGAGAACAAGCCAGGAAGGCACUGGACACACCCCCCAAGGCUCUUCUGGAGAGAGCAGAGCCUGGCCCAAGGACUGGCUGUGUUCAAAAAUCAUACAGGAUCCAGUUGGAAAGGGCAGAAAGGGAAGAUGAAACAUCUCAAAGUCCAAGCAAGGUGGAUCAUUUUUUCAAGAAGGAACCUGGAAAGUCUGGAUGUCUCCACGACUGCUGCUUUGCAUGAAAAUUGUUUAAUGUAUAUUAGAAAAUAAAACUUUAUUUAAAGGGUUUUUUUUUAAAAAAAAAAAACAAAAUGGAAGAAAAAGGAAAAAAAAUAAAUAGAUCAAAAACCACAGAGGCCAUAGAGAUAAUCCUGGCAAGACGGAUCAGCUUUGAAUGCUGUCCCCAAGAGCCUUCAGAGGACAUGGCUCAGGCAUUCUGCCAACAGACUCUCACACCCAUUGGAACAUCUGGAACACCGAAACGUCUUCGUUUUGGAUUCUUACAACAAAUCCGAGCACAAGUGUGCACCACUUUUACACAAACAAAAUAGUUCUGCCCAAAAAUCAUCCAGUGGCUGAGGAACUUAGAGGCACUAGAAGGAACUUUACCUGAAUUGCAAAACCAUCAGAUCAUCCGACCUGUCUUGAAAUCCAGCUUUAUCCGUGUAUUUAUAUAGUGUCAAUAUAUCUAUUUUUUUUAAAUCCCAUUUACUGUCGAAUGAGGAAAGAUCUGAAUUUCCUUGCUUUUCCCUUUUCCACCCUCAUCUCACCUCGCUGGCUGCCGGUGACCCAGCAGUGUCCAGCAGUGUCCAGCAUGGCUGUGGUGACCCAGCAGUGUCCAGUUUGGCUGUGGAGAUCCAGCAGUGUCCAGCAGUGUCCAGCAUGGCCAUGGUGACCCAGCAGUGUCCAGCAGUGUCCAGCAGUGUCCAGCAUGGCCAUGGUGACCCAGCAGUGUCCAGCAGUGUCCAGCAGUGUCCAGCAUGGCCAUGGUGACCCAGCAGUGUCCAGCAGUGUCCAGCAGUGUCCAGUAUGUCUGUGGUGACCCAGCAGUGUCCAGCAGUGUCCAGCAGUGUCCAGCAUGGCCAUGGUGAUCCAGCAGUGUCCAGCAUGGCCAUGGUGACCCAGCAGUGUCCAGCAGUGUCCAGCAGGGCCAUGGUGAUCCAGCAGUGUCCAGCAGUGUCCAGCAUGGCCAUGGUGACCCAGCAGUGACCCGUUCAGUGGCCACUGCUGGUUCCUGCAGGUGCCACAUGAGCCAAGGCAGAGCUGUGCCAACACCUCCAGAGUUGGUUUUGGGGUCUCCAGCAGCCGCCUCCGAUUUCUCACAGCGAAACCCCCCAAACCCCGAUGUUUACAAUACUUGAAAAGCCUGGACACUGGGAGAGCAGAUUUGUGCUGGUUUUCUGCUGGACACGGGGAGUCCUUCGGCACAGGCUCCCUUUGGGCAGCGUUUGCCGCCUCACCCAGCGCCAGGACUUGCAUUUCCACUGGGCAAGGCAGAGAAAUCUCCACUCCAGGCAGGAGCAAACCUUAAGCAGCAGCCCAGGCCAGCCAGCUCUGCUGUCGUGUGUCUGUGUCGCCGUCUCGUUGUUCUCUUCAGUUCCUUGCUGCCCCCACGGCACACGUUCGUUCCUGUGGCCAGUGGCAGGCAAAUGUUUGUGAGUGUUAUUCCUUUCAAAGACACCAAAGCUUAUGUGUGUCCCUUUGUAGAGUGCCAGGAGGGGAAGGAAUGCUGUAAAUAUUUCUCUCUGUAGUAAAUAUUGAUACGUGUGCAGGCUGCAGUGGGGAGGGCAGGGAGAGGAGGCCUAAUGGAAAUACAAGUGUUGGCUGCAGGAGCUUGGCAAUGGCAGCAAAAUAAUUCCUGGUGUCUGCCCAGGCAGUGUCACACCAGACUGGGAUCUCCCUUUGCAGCCAGUGUGUGUUGAAGAAAAAUCCAUCUCCAUCUCCAUCCUCCUCCUCCACCAUUCCUCCUGGAGCAGCCCAGCAGGGCUCCCAGAGAGCUGCUGGCUUUCUGUGUCCUGCAGCCCAGCACCAGGGGAGGGGAGAAGCACGUAGAGAAAUACUCAGGAAACUUGGUUUAAUUACCAUUCAGUAAAAGCCAUGCCAAGUCCGCUUUCUUUUGGUAAUCCACUUCUGUGAGUCUCUCUGGAAAGCAGAAAAUGCUGAUGAUAAUAAUCAACCUCGUGCAAUAAGUUCUUGACAUUUACAGCAGCCUGAGCACUGGAUUUACUGAGACAGGGGGAGAGUGGCAGAAACAGAGACUGAAAGGCAGAGCAGUGUUUGUACUGCCUGUUAUCCCAGAGUUCCCUUCCCAGGGAUCCUGCUCCUGCACAGUGAAUCUCAUUUCUAAGGCAAAAAAUGUGCAAAAGUCCUACUAAAAGUCAGGCACUGCGGAGCCCAGUGCCAGGAAUGUCAUUGGAGCAGUCCCCAGCCUGGCCUGCUCCUUGCUGCAGGUACCAGAGGAUGUGACAGGGUCAGGCUUUGAAAUCCUGCAGGUUUUUGCUGGUUCUCUUCCUGCUCACAGCUUAGGUGAGGGAUUUCCGGAUCUGUUCUGUCUGGUUGUUGGGUUCACCAAGUUCUCAUGGUACUCUGAAACCCAAAGAGAGCACUCCAAAAAAAUUCCUGAAUGACUUCCAAACGCUUCCAAAUAUCGGUGUGGGGAGUUAUCUCUGCAGGACUCACAAAAUACGAGUAGAGCCCAAAGCAAAGGCCUGGCUGUGCAUCACCUGGGCCUGCUGACGCUGUCCCUGCCCUGGUGCUCCUCCCUGCAUCUCCUGGAGAGGCUUUUGUGCAGCCCUUUUAAUCCUGCUUUCCUCCUGCUGCUCUCUCCCCUCUGGCCAGGAGCACCCCCCAAGCCAAGGUUUUGUCAUUCCCCACUCCCCUGUAUUUUCUCAGAAGAAGUGGAGGUCCCCAAGCACCCCCUGGAUUUUCUGGAAGAACAUUAAGGAGACAAGGGGACAAUCAGCUGAUCUUCUGUGCUGUGGGAUGAUUUCAGCAGAGAGAAAAAAGGGGAAGCAGCAGGAGCACUUUGCAGACCAGUAAGCUCUUACACUUCAGACUGAAUUCCUAAAUAAAUGGCAAAAACACCUCUUCCAUCACCUGGAAAAGCUUUAGGAGGAUGGCAGAGGGAACAGCACAGUCCUGGCUGGAGGGGUGGCCUAGAAAUCCAUUGCCAAGUAUCUUCUCAUGGUGGUUGACAUUAAUUAUGGAUCUUUACAGGCAAUUAUAUGGAUUGAAGCAACAUAUCCCCCCGGGGCAAAGCGCUGGGAAUCUCUUGCCCUGUUUGCAUCCGACAUUUCCAUUCCUCCUUUGGGAAGAGGACGCUCCAGAUCUCAACAUGGCAUUUUCUUUGCACUCGCAGCAAACUGGACUCGAGGUUUGGUCAGGAGGGGGGCACUUGCCUUAGAUGAGACGAUUUCACGUCCCUCUCAUUGCCCCCUCCCUCCUGUCGCGUUCGGAGCCUCCAGCUCGCUCCGUUUCAGGUGUUCCGACAUCAAAGUGGGAGACGUCACUUUCCGGGAUCUCUCUGCCUGGUGUCACGGCUUGAAUAAUUCCUUUUCAUCUUCUGCUCAUGAGCUAUCAAAGCACCCACUCCGAGGGGGAGCGAGGUGCUAAUCAAACGCUUCUCCACCUUGAAAGCCUUUAUUAAACCCCGCCUAGGAGAGCGGAGCUCGCAGGCAAGGCUGGCCCCGCUGAGGCUGCACCACCAGGGUGUGGACAGCGAGAGGCCCACGCUGUGCCGUAAAGGAUGGAUCUAAAGGGAGGCAGGAGGGAUCAGCGUGGCCAAGGCGCUGGAAACCCUGUGAAAUCCAGCAUGGAUAUCCAUGGAAACCCUGGAUAUCCUGUCUGCAGCUCAGUGAGGACCCACCGUGGGGACCAGCGCUGGGAAACAAAACUGCUGCCACGGCCUCGCUGCAUCCCAGCAGCAUCCCAGGUGUGGAAUUUCGUUUUUUUUCCUGAAGUGUGGCCGUGGGGACAGCAGUGCCUCCCUGCAGGGCUCGGGGCUGGGACACGCUGGGGAUGGUGAAUGCAGCGGUGCCAACAGAGACCUUCAUCACAGCAGUGCCUUCCACACUCUGUCUUAAAAUCCUGGUGGCCCAUCCCCACGUCAGUGUUCCCUCCUACCUUCCACUGGACUCCACAAAAAACGUCCCAAUGUUGGAAACAGCCUGGGUGGGCACCUGGAGGGCAAGGUGAGAGGGUUUAAGGCUCUGGGGUUGCAUUCUGCAGGCUGCUGGCUCCGAGCUCCUUGUGGGGGCCUUAGUGCUUAAGUCUGUGUGGGAAAAGGGUCAGAGCAUCCCCUCCUCCAGUGGGCACAGCCCCCAAACAUGGUCUCAUUCCCAAAACGCCCCAUGAGGCAGCAGGGAUGAGGAAACCAGGUUGGCACAGGGCAGAGCAGCUCCCGGCACGGUCCCUGUGCUGCUCCAGAGCCUCCAGCUCCUUCCCUGGCAGCAGCCCAGCCACGUUCUCCUGUCACUGGCUGUUCUCCAUCCAGUUUCCUGUGCUGUCAGAGCUCACCUGUCACAGGGACUCAGCUCCCCAAACUAAACGAAACUAAAACAGACUGACUGGAGUAAGCUGAGCCAUCUGGGAGAGCUCACGCGUGGCUGUGCCCUGGGGAGAAGAAAAAAACGUUCUGAGGAGGGUAAAUAACUGACAUCAAAGAUGCAUUAAAGUGCCACAGAGCUGCAGCCAUCCUAUUCCACAGCCACGUUGGUACCAGGAAUUGCAAGGCCAUGGUGCAGGGAGCUGUGACAUUGCAGAGUUGUGUGCAGUGGAAGAGGAUGGGAGCCUUUGGACCAAUUCUGGCUGUCUGGAAGGCUUUGUGCCCUUUCACCCUGCAAACACCCAGAUUCAGGUGCUGGUCCUGUUCUGGGCAGCUCAUGUACCAGCAGUCACAGCUCCAGCUGCAGGUGGUGCCUGGUGCCUUCCUGGCUCCUGGAAGAAAACUGGGGGUCUGUGGUGUGUACCCUGCACCCCAGGGUGCUCUUCUGGGUGCCAGGGUCAGAGAUGGGGAGGUGGAAGGGUGGGGCACUGCGGGAUGGCAGAGCCUGACUGCUCCUGGCUGGAAAAGCCACUCCAGUCCCUGCCAGGAGUGAUGCCCACGCUGCUGAGGUGACACCUGAGGUGCUGUGGCUGUGCUGAGGUGACACCUGAGGUGGUGUGGCUGUGCUUAGGUGACACCUGAGGUGCUGUGGCUGUGCUGAGGUGACACCUGGAGUUGCUGUGGCCGUGCUGAGGUGACACCUGAGGUGCUGUGGCCGUGCUGAGGUGACACCUGAGGUGCUGUGGCUGUGCUGAGGUGACACCUGAGGUGGUGUGGCUGUGCUGAGGUGACACCUGAGGUGCUGUGGCUGUGCUGAGGUGACACCUGAGGUGGUGUGGCUGUGCUGAGGUGACACCUGAGGUGGUGUGGCCGUGCUGUGAGCAUGGCAGUGGCUCUCUGCUUGUUCUUUCAGAUCCCCUUUUGUCCCUGUGCCUCCCAUCCCUCUCCUCCCUUGGUAACCCUGGAGUACAGCCCUGAAAGAAUUGACCUUUCUGCAGCACUGAGGAACCACAGGGCCCACCCAACUGCACAGACAAUAUCCCAAAUAUCCCAAAUAUCCCAAACUCCCUGGGCCUCCCAAGGCUGCCAAAUCAAACACCAGAUCUCCUGUAUGGCCUUUCCUUUGGGAUUUUUAAUACUUCUCUUUCGAGCAGCGUCUCCAGCCGGCGUUUCCAUCCCAAGGACACACGAGAGGAGCCGUGGGGAGGGAGCUGAGCUGAUUCUGCCAUGGCAUUCCAUGGCUUCAGGAGAUGCAGUGAGCAUGUCCUUCUCCUACUGCUGAGUUUUGGUGCUGAUGGCACCUUGGGGGCCCUUAGGAGAAGCAGCAAGGGGAAGGGAAUGUACAGGUACUAAAACUUCUGGAGUCCCCCCAAAAAUGUCACAGAAUGUAGAGGUACCAGCCAUGGAACAGAUUCUGAUUUCUUCUUCCCCUUCUCCUUACAGACCCACCCCUACCAGUUUUAGGGGAUUUGUGUAUUGGCAGGAACAAGGAAUUGAUUUGUAUCUGUGCCCAUUCCACCGUAUCAUUCUCUGGCUCCUCCCCUCCCCGUUAUACUUGACACACUGGAGUUCUGUAUUAUAUUUUUUUUUUAAGAUGAUUGUCUGUUUUUUUGUUGUUUUUACAAGUGUUGUGGAAAAAAAAAACAAAAAAAAAAACAAA